CCAUCAAUUCCAUGCAGUCCAGCAGCACGCCCAAACCCAAUUGGUCGAUUCUCUGCUUAAAUUCAAACAGCUAUGACUUUUCAAAGCUUCCUUUCAAAUAAGAUCGCCGUGGCAUUGGUUGCCCUCGGCUUAUUGGCGGCGGCCGCCACCACCGUCGUUGCCGCAGGCAACUUCAACAACGACUUCGACAUCACGUGGGGCGACGGCCGCGCAAAGAUACUCAACGACGGCCAGCUCCUGACGUUGUCCCUGGACAAGACGUCGGGGUCGGGCUUCCGAUCCAAGAGGCAAUACUUGUUCGGCAAGAUCGACAUGCUGCUCAAACUCGUGCCUGGGAACUCCGCCGGCACCGUCACCGCUUAUUACCUUUCUUCUUUGGGUUCUGCGCACGACGAAAUCGACUUCGAGUUUCUUGGUAACCUGAGUGGCGACCCAUACAUCCUCCACACGAACGUAUUCACGCAAGGAAAAGGGAACAGAGAACAGCAGUUCUAUCUCUGGUUCGACCCCACCAAGGACUUCCACACCUACUCCAUCUUGUGGAACCCUCAAAGCAUCAUCUUCUCCGUGGAUGGAACUCCCAUAAGAGAGUUCAAGAACCUCGAGUCGAAGGGCAUCGCGUUCCCGAAGAGCCAGGCGAUGUGGAUAUACUCGAGCCUGUGGAACGCGGACGACUGGGCCACGAGGGGCGGGCUGGUGAAGACGGACUGGACGCAGGCCCCGUUCACUGCUUCCUACCGGGGCUUCAACGACGUGCAGGCCUGCGUCUGGUCGUCGGGAUCCUCCUCGUGUUCCUCCUCCUCCUCGUCCUCAGGCAACAACUCCUGGCUGUCGCAGUCGCUGGACGCCACGGGCCAACAAAGACUCAAGUGGGUGCAGAAGAAUUACAUGAUAUACAACUACUGCGCCGACACCAAGCGCUUCUCACAAGGAUUCCCUCCCGAAUGCUCUCUUUCUUAGAAGAAGGAACCAACACAUGCGCAUGCAUAUGAUCAGCAACCCAAUUCGUUUUUCUUAGGAAUGUAUGUCGAAAUAAUUCCUAUUCAACUAGGCUUGAAUUGUUAAAUAAUAGAAAAAAAAAAAACUAGGCUUGAAUUGUUAUUCCUCUCAUUGUCUUUGCAAGUGCUUUAUCAGUGAGCUUGUACCUUGUCACUUCUUCUAUAAUAACGAAAUGUGUGGAUUUCAUGCAAAA